CGGCCGCCGCGGCAACAAGUGCUGGAGCUGAGGCGAGCCGAAGCCGCCCAGACCCCGCCGGGCCGCCCGUCCGCGCACUGCGCAUGGAGCGAGAGCGGCGGCGGUCGCGGGGCUGAGCCGCACGCGCGGCUGGGACGUGGAUGCGGCCGCGGUCUCCCGCCCCGCCCCGCCGAGCUGGAGGUGUCCCUAGACAAGAUAUGAGAAAUGAGUGUGGGGCGUCGAAGAGUAAGGUUGCUGGGCAUCCUGAUGACGGCAAAUGUCUUCAUCUAUUUGAUUGUGGAAGUCUCCAAAAGCAGUAGCCAAGACAAGAAUGGGAAGGGGGGAGUGAUAAUACCGAAGGAGAAGUUCUGGAAGCUGUCCAGCCUUCCCCGAGCGUACUGGAAUAGGGAGCAGGAGAAGCUCAACAGGUGGUACAAUCCCAUCUUGAACAGGGUAGCCAAUCAGACGGGGGAUCUGUUCACAUCUCCAAACACAAGUCACCUGAACUAUUGUGAACCGGACUCGACAGUCAUGACAGCUGUGACAGAUUUUAAUAAUCUGCCGGACAGAUUUAAAGACUUUCUCUUGUAUUUGAGAUGCCGAAAUUACUCGCUGCUCAUAGAUCAACCGAAGAAGUGUGCAAAGAAGCCCUUCCUACUGUUGGCGAUAAAGUCCCUCAUUCCACAUUUCGCCAGAAGGCAAGCAAUUCGGGAAUCCUGGGGCCGAGAGACCAACGUAGGGAACCAGACCGUGGUGAGGGUCUUCCUGUUGGGCAAGACACCCCCAGAGGACAACCACCCUGACCUCUCGGACAUGCUGAAGUUCGAGAGUGAGAAGCACCAGGACAUCCUCAUGUGGAACUAUCGAGACACAUUCUUCAACCUGUCUCUCAAGGAAGUACUGUUUCUCAGGUGGGUGAGCACUUCCUGUCCAGACGCCGAGUUUGUCUUCAAGGGUGAUGAUGACGUGUUCGUGAACACCCAUCACAUCCUGAAUUACUUGAAUAGCUUAUCCAAGAGCAAAGCCAAAGACUUGUUCAUAGGUGACGUGAUCCACAAUGCUGGGCCCCAUCGGGAUAAGAAACUGAAGUACUACAUCCCAGAAGUCUUCUACACUGGGGUCUACCCACCGUAUGCAGGGGGCGGUGGGUUUCUGUACUCUGGCCCGCUGGCCUUGAGGCUUUACAAUGUAACUGACCGGGUCCACCUCUACCCCAUCGAUGACGUUUAUACUGGAAUGUGCCUUCAGAAACUGGGUCUUGUUCCGGAGAAACACAAAGGCUUCAGGACAUUUGAUAUUGAAGAGAAAAAUAAGAAAAAUAUUUGUUCAUAUAUAGAUCUAAUGUUAGUACACAGCAGAAAACCUCAAGAGAUGAUUGAUAUCUGGUCUCAGUUGCAAAGUCCUAAUUUAAAAUGCUAGGAUACGCGUGAGCUACUCUUCACAGAAAGGCCUAGCCUGACUAGUUCCCAUGGUGUGUUUCCACAGUAGGCAAGUUCUGUGUGAGCCGUUAGCCUUCAUGAGUAGGUAGCCCCGGGGCCUCCAAGUCCCCAGCCCCUCGCCUGUGACGAGGGAAAGAAAACGGAGGAAGAUAAGUCACCGAGGCAGGGUGCGUGGUUACCGCCCUUCUCUGGCUGCCGGUCCUCAGUUUCUGCUUUUUCUUUCCUCCUCCAGAAGUUGACCGUGAACAUUUUUUGUUGUUGUUCUUGUAUGUGGUGUGCUCCUGUUUCCACUUUAAGGAUGGAUGGAUGGACAGAUGCCAGAUUAUAUAAACCAAGAUUCCGUAGGACACGACCUGGUGGUUUGGUGCGACGGAAUUCUAUUUAUUUUCGUAAGAUUUUGAUGGAUUUUUAAAGUUGCCUAGAAAGUGGACCGACGUCAGCCCUCCCCGUCACCCGGCAGUAUUGGCUUUUGUUACUAGAAACUGCUACUUCCUUCACACGAGGGAGGCCACGCGGCGCGCGUAGCUCCCGUGUGUUUGGUUUCCUGGGUGGCAUCGUGGUAGUUAACCUAAUUUUAGUAUUUUGAAAAUCGUGAGUGUGAUUCCCUAAUGGCCAACUAAAGACUGAGUAGCCUGACAGCCAUACGGGUCUGUGCGUGUUCAGCGUGGGCCCUGGAAGCGUUCGUGACUUCGGAACUGGAGGAGAGAGAAUCUGCAGGCAUUUUCCUAAGUGGUUUGUCAGCUUAAAACUCCCAGGUUCUAUUCUUGCCAUAUUCUCUGUCCCAUGUUCAUUCCUUAGAUAAAACUCUCCUGGGUAGCGGCGCCUCCCGAUCUAAGUGGAGGUUGCCAGUGUUUUUAUUUAUUGUUUAGAUCAAAGACCAAAACAUUUUCUUAAAAAAAAAAUAUUUUGUGUAAUGUUUUAUUUGUAUACAGUGUUGUUUGUGAAAUAUUUAACUAGAGCAUGAUUUUAUUUUUUUUCCUCAUUUUUUAAUUAGUUCUUUGAGAAUUUCAUACAAUGUUUUUUUUUGAUUGCAUACACACCUCUCCUGUCUCCUCCCAGAUACAGCCCCUAGCAUGAUGUUUUAAAUGUCAAGCUGUAACAUGUUAAAUAAAGUUAACUAUUAUUUUUGAAUUAUCAAAUUUGGAUUGGGGGGGUAUGAACUGCUAGAGAAAAUAAAGUUCUGCCAAAUUAUCGCUUACUCUUCUCUUGUAACGUGCUCUCUUGAAAUAUUUUUUGUGCUUUAGAGGGUUCUCCUCUGUGCUACUGGGGACUGGGAAAAAAAAAAGUGGAAAUAAAGUAAUUGUAUUUUUUAA